AUGACCCAAAGUGCAACAGCCCAGAAGCCCGAGGAGGAGGUCAAAAUUGAGGAUCAAGGAUCAGGUUCUGACGACUCUGGCGAUGAGUCCGACCCCAACAUGCCGAGCCUGGAGGGCGGUGAUCUGGACUCCAGUAAUCUGGCCGCCGCCGCCAACGCAAUGCUCGAAGAUGCCGCCGGCAAGGGCAAGCAGUCUCGAAGCGAGAAGAAGGCCCGCAAGGCCAUGUCCAAACUGGGACUGAAACCGAUUCCUGGCAUCAACCGAGUCGCAAUCCGCAAGUCUAAGAACAUUCUGUUUGUCAUCAACAAGCCAGACGUGUACAAGUCACCCGCCAGCGAUACCUACAUCAUCUUUGGCGAGGCCAAGAUUGAGGAUCUUAGCCAGAAGGCCCAGCUGGCUGCGGCUGAAAAGUUCAAGAACCCCGAGAGCAUUGGCGCCGGAGUCGGUGGCGUCGAGGGUGCCGCCGCCAACCUGAAUGCCGCCGAAAAGCUGGCCGCUUCCGCAGCCGUCGAAGAGGACGAGGGCGAGGUGGACGAGACCGGAAUUGAGGCCAAGGACAUUGAACUGGUCAUCUCCCAGACUGGUGUCGGCCGCGGCAGGGCUGUCCGUGCUCUGAAGAAUAACAAUAACGACAUUGUCAACGCCAUCCUGGAACUCACUACGUAA